UCUCAAGCGGUGGAGCGUGUGGAGGCUGCAGCCAGCUGAUAUAGAGGAGAGGAACAAGCUUGAUCGAAGUCUGGCGUUCUAUUACCCUGGUCUGAGGAAGCCAAAGCGCGCUCGGUUUGACAGGGAAAGCUGUCAUAAUGGUUUCCCUGUUGAUCUUCCAAAUCUGAAGUCCGUGCAAUGCAAAUAAAUAGUGCAUCGACCAAAUGGCAUCUGUUUUGGAGGAUCCUUCCCUGGAACGACAUUUUAAAGGCCACAAGGGUGCAGUCACGUGUGCUGACUUCAGUCCCAACAACAACCAAUUGGUUACAGGCUCAGCAGACACAAACCUCAUGAUCUGGAACUUGAACCCCAAGGCCAAGGCAUUGAGAUUUGUUGGACACCGUGAUGCCAUCACAAGUGUUCAGUUUUCCCCCUGUGGAGAUCUGGUGGUUUCUGCAUCCAUAGACAAAACAGUCAGACUGUGGACACCCCGCUUUAAUGGAGAGUCAACGGUGUUCAAAGCUCACAUGGCCCCAGUGCGCAGUGUCAGCUUCUCCCAUAACGGCCAGAGGCUGGUCACGGCCUCCGAUGACAAGUCUCUGAAGGUGUGGAGCGUUCAUCGGCAGCGCUUCCUGUACUCUCUGAGCCAGCACACCAACUGGGUCCGCUGUGCCAGGUUUUCACCAGAUGGUCGUUUGAUUGUCUCCUGUGGUGACGACAAGACGGUGCGCCUCUGGGACACCAACACCCGGCAGUGUAUCAACACGUUCACCGACUGUGGAGGAGCAGUGACUUUUGUGGACUUCAACGGCAGCGGCACCUGCAUCGCUUCCACGGGGUCAAACAACACACUGAAAAUAUGGGAUAUACGCACCAACAAACUACUGCAGCAUUACCAAGUUCACAGUGCGGGGAUCAAUUGCUUUUCCUUCCAUCCAUCAAAUAACUACCUCAUUAGUGCCUCCAGUGACAACACAGUGAAGAUCCUGGAUCUCCUUGAGGGUCGGCUCAUCUAUACCCUCCAUGGGCACAAGGGUCCUGUCCUCGCGGUGAUGUUCUCUCGCCGGGGUGACGUCUUUGCUUCCGGGGGCACUGACUCUGAGGUUCUCUUGUGGAGGACCAACUUUGACGUGUUCAACUACAAGGAGGUCCUGAAGGGGCACCGCCGGCGACUGAACCCUGACCCCUCCCCUCACGUCAACGACAUCUAUCCCAGGAGCCCCCACCUGCACACCGCACCAUCCAGUUCUAUACAGAUCAGCCCCACGGUGGCAGACACGCAGUCUGCCGACCCGCACAUCGUUGAGAUGGGCCCAGUCCUGUUCCCCAACACACAGCAGGACCGUCACGGCCAUGGAAGUGAGGCGCCAAGGGGCGGAGCCAGUGGUGGGAGUGGCCAGGCUUCGGUGGAGGAAGAGGGCCAUACGCACAGCAGGACCUAUGCGCUGGAGGAGAGAUCAGGCCUUCCUCGGGGCUUCUCCACCACUCUGGAACACAUUGUACAACAGCUGGACGUUCUGACGCAGACUGUGGCAGUGCUGGAGGAGCGUCUGUCCUUAACAGAGGACAAGCUGAAGGAGUGUCUGGACAACCAGGCGCGAAUCAUAGUGCAGGCGCAGAGGGUGGAAGAGCAAGCGGCGGAGAACGAGUCUGAGGGCUCCUCUGCGUAGGGCCCCAAGCGCCACGCCCACACGGUGAUCCCGGUUCAAAUUGGGGAUCACCCAUUACGCACGUAAUCUGUCCAUUCCUUUUAAAGACAUCCAGCUGCUCGGCCAAAACAACAUCUCCUGGAGACCACCUCUGCCCGUCUGGCAGAGACCCCAAAAUUCAUCAACUCCUCCUGGAAGACGGCUGCAGCUAUGAAAACACCACGGCUUGUUUGGACAGCGGGGGGGUGGGCGCAUUCCUCAGGGCCGCCGUACACAGCGGCGAGUUACGCCACUCCCCCCCUCCUCCGCAUCUGCUUGGCGUGACCGGCAUGCGUUCUCCCGUCACCCGCAGUCCGUGCGCUUGUGUCUGUCCUUGUCUGUCUCGUCUGGUUUUAUUCAAAUUGUAUAUAAAUUAAUAAAAUGUGACUCCAAUUUAUCAUA